AUGGAGCAUCAGAGUCAUGUGUCAGAGUCACCACACAGAAGUGAGAAGAAAGACAGUGAAGUGAAACAAUUCGACUUCAACAAACUUAAAGAGAAACCACAGCGACAGAUCACAGUGGAUGGAGAUCAUGGAUCAAUGGGAGUAUCAGACAUGAACUUGCUCUACUAUGGUAAAGACAUACUGUGUUUGACUGAUCGAAGUGGUCAUAAGACUAACACGCUUCCGUCUGGCGAACUGAAUGUCUGGGAUAUCUGUUGGUCAUCGUUUCUUGACAGAUUUCUGAUAUUGACUCCGACAACUCUUCAUUCAUUGAAUGUCCAAACAAAAAAAGUGACACAAAUCAAACAAGUAUCAGACAAGAAUAAAACAGCCUUUCGCAGAUGUACAUGUUCGAAUCACACAUUGUUGGUCAGUUUUGAACAUAGAGGAUCAGUUGUUGACGAGUGGGAUAUGAGUGGAGAAUGGAAAAUGAUGAGACGAUGGCAACCACCUGUGUCCUGUCAACAGAAUGAGUGGAUAUUUGAUAUUCGAUUUUCAUGUGAUGGGAGUCGAUUAGGAGUAACAGUGUGGGUAAAUGAUCAAUACAAUCAGGUUCAAGUACGAGAUCGAUCAAUGAACAUCCUCAACAAUAUCACAUUUCCUUGUCAUUUGGCAUUUGGGUAUUUUCUUCUCUCUGUUCCAAGUGGACAGUGGCUGACACACGAGUGGAAGAAUAAAGCACUUCGUAUAAUUGACAGAGAUGGUAUAUUACAACAAACUCUCACAUAUGAUAAGAGUGUGAGAACGACAGCACUAUUAGGACAAAGAUGUCUAGUUAUUCGAACAGAUGACAAUGAACUCUGUUUUCAUGAUUUAUGCUGA